GCACCAAGUGAUGUCACUUCCGACUCAGCUAGCCUUGACGUCAUGAACACGGAAACAGGAACAGCAAGAGAAGGGCUGGCAGCUGUGUGUCUGAGUGAAGUUACUGUCGGUAGCGAUUGAGCUAAAUUGAGUUUUUUUUUUAAUGUACUGAAAACGAAAAGAUUCGAAGAUGAUUUCAGAAGGCAGCUCCUUCAUAAAGGGUAUGUUACUGGGGGGUCUGUUCUGCACGUUGGUGACCCUGUUAGGGGAUUUCAACAAGGGGCAUCAGUCAACCACAGACCACCAUCACCACCACAUCCAGGCACCAAGCGAGGAGGAACUGCUAAAGCUUCCCGAGCCCAAGAGGUUAGAGCUGAGCCAGAACAUCCGUGUGUACUGCGCCAUCCUCGUGCAGCCCAGAGAACUCUCCUACUGGGCAGCUGUGAAGGAGACCUGGAGCAAGCACUGUGACAAAGCUGAGUUCUACAGCUCCGAAAACGUCAAGGUGUUCCACUCUGUCAACCUUGACACCAAAGACAAGUGGCUCAUGCUGAGGAACGCUCUGAAACAUGCCUACGCCAACGGCAAGGGCUACAGCUGGUACUUCGUGGCACUCCCCUCCACGUUUGCGAUUAUCGAGAACCUGAAAUUCUUCCUUUUGAAUAAGGACCCCGGCCAGCCCUUCUACAUCGGACACACCGUUAAAUCGGGGGAGCUGGAGUACGUUGAGCUUGAGGGCGGUUUGGUGCUGAGCGUCGAAGCCCUCCGCAGGCUGGUGGGGGUGUUCAGUGACAAUGUCAAGUGCCCCGAACAGGGCAGCGCGCUUUGGAAACUGACUGAGGAAAAGGAGCUGGCUGUGUGUCUGAAGUACACUGGCGUGUUCGCUGAGAACGCAGAGGACUCGGAAGGAAAGGAGAUUUUCAACACCAAAUCGGUCAACACUCUUAUUAAAGAGGCCCUGGCUGAGAAGCCCCAGGAGGUGGUGAAAGGCUGCUGCUCUGACGUAGCCAUCACCUUCCACGGCCAGUCUCCGAACCACAUGCAGGUCCUCAUGUACGGGGUCUACAGACUCCGUCCUUACGGGCACACCUUCCACGAUUCCUUGAUAUUUUUGCCUCCAGUUGAUUCCGACAAUGACUGAGCUUGGGCUGCAUCGGCAGCCACACAGAACUGCAGCCCUGUGCAGAACGAGUCUAGAAACUACUUUAUCUGUCCAAUCUGUUCUCUUCUAGGGCUUCGUUCAGUGGUCCGAAGGUAUGAGGUUUCAACAAUUUCAGUAAUUCAGCAGCAGUUGUCAGCCUUCAGAGGAUCUGUCACACAUUGCAUUCAUGUACUGAUCAAAGUUAUUAUUUUCUUGUUAAUGGUUGUUAAAAGCUGACGGGGGCUGUUGCGUCAUUGUGGUGUGAGGAAAUCAUUAUCUUUUACUUGCACCAAGCCUGAUUCUCAAGGAGAAACUGAGAUUUGAGACCCUGUGAUUUAUAUUCAAGGACAUAUUGCCAACAAAACAUAUUGAAGAAACAAAACUGAACACAAAGCUCCUGUACUGAGAGCUCACUUAUUUUCUGCAGGUCUGUGUCACGGAUGCAUUGGUGUAGCCUGUACUAUUGCAUCCGUUCAUCAGACAGUUAUGUUUUUGCCACGUACCAGACUAGGUUCACACAGAAUUUGUCACUUCAGUCAAUCUAAAUAAAAUAUUAAAGAGGGCAUAACAUUGUUAGUGAGUAUGUGCUUAGAGGCCACAGGAGAAUAAGUAAGAAAUGAUAUUAGUUGGAGUCAUAUCUUAUUCAUUAAGAGCCACGAUAAAGAUACGUUUCCAAGAAUGACAAUCAGGCUGUUUUUGUGAUGGCAGAAUGUUUUGCAAAUCAAUUUGGCCUAUAUGAAUAUGCAUGUAUUGCACAGGCUAUGAUUGAUGCAAUACUCUCAAUUUAAUCAGUUCAUAGUCUGCUGCAGUAUCUAAUCUAUUUAAAAGAAAAAAUACAAGUACAGAAAUCAAAGUACUGCAUUUAAUUUGGGUGAAUUAGUUUGAGACUUUUAUAUUUAAUUUUGUAUUUAUCUCUGAAAAUCAUGCAUAGAUGAUUCAAACUAUAUAUGUCCUAAUUGAUAUUCGAGAAUUAAAGAAGUAAGAAAGUUAAAUGUAGAAAGCUUUGAAAAUGAUGUAUUGAGAUCACCUGCAUUCAUUAUCUGCAAUAACAAAAUAUGAGAUUCUUCUGUGUUUGUAUGUAACAAGUCAAAAAGCAUUGAAGGGACUGCAAAUGUAAAAUGUUUUUCUAGUGAAGUUGUACACUUUGCAGCGGAAGUGACAGCAUGUACAGUGAAGUCUCUACAAUUGAAAAGUGUGCUCUACUGUCAUUCAGGUGGGGUCCACAGAGAAGCUUUUGUAACCCUAAAUCUGCUGUAACAUGAAGAUAUUUUUGCAUAGCACAUCAUACUUUUUCUACUGGUUUUGGAUAAUUUGUGGUAAAUACAUAAAAUCUGACAUACUGGGAAUAAUUGAUGGUUUCUUGUCAAUAAAUGUUUGUGUCGGGAUUUUUUAAAAA